AUGGCGACAUGUCCCGUACCCCCAUUUGACGAAACACGGUGGAUCAUCCGAAUUCGCCGGAUAUUUGAUGAGGAGAUCGAGCUCAGCGAGGAUCAGCCCAUCUGCGUAUUUGACGUCCCCAAACCUCUGCUGGUCACUAAACCUGCAGCUUACAUCCCUCAAUUGGUGGCCCUUGGCCCUUACCACCAUUGCCGCGAAGAACUCGGUGACAUGGAGAGGUACAAGCUCUCGGCGGCAAAGAGAGCUCAAAGCCACCUCCCAGGCACGGACUUUCAACAGCUUGUUGACGCCUUUACAAAACUAGAGCAUCUAAUUCGUGCUCACUAUCACAGGCAUCUCAAUCUGAGCAAUGAGACUCUGGGAUGGAUGAUGGCGAUUGACGUGUCCUUCCUCCUCGAGUUCCUGCAGACUUUCAGCACGAACAAUAACCAGAGGGCAACACUGCAGAGGAUCCCCUCCAGGAUGUCGCAUUUGGUCGAUUCCUCUCGCAGAACAUCCUCACACAGCAUGCUGCUACGUGACAUUGUAAUGCUAGAAAACCAGAUCCCUCUCAUUCUGCUCCUGAAGGCGCUUGAGACCCGGUGCUCGUCGGCGCAGCCUGCGCAGUCUGUGCUGAGCUCCAUGCUGAUCGGGUUCUUUCAGGAGGUUUCCACGUUCAGAGGAAUUGGCUGCCCACGCACCGACAUCAACCGGCACGCCCACCUGCUAGAUUUCCUGUACUCAAACAUGGUGCCCAGAUAUGCUGAUGCCGCAACGGGAGAAGCUGGAGAUGAGUCAUGCCACAGACACGAUUACAGGAAGAGGACACUGAACUCAGUCAUGGAGUUGCUUGUCAAGCGCGGCUCACAGAUCAUGUCAGUGAUAAUCGAUUUCAUGGUGAGGUUCCUUCUGAAGUUUAUAGCCAGCCUUCCCUGCCUCUCGAUCCUCGGAGAGCCCAUCGAGCAGCUGACACAGCAAGCGUCUGAACCCAGAGGUGGCGCAUCAGAUGUUCAGAACAAGAACACAUCGCCCCUGUUCGAAGAGAUCGCGGUGCCGUCUGUAACCGAGCUGGCCUACACCGGCGUCAGGUUCUGCCCGACGGUCGGCGACCUAUCCACCGUCGACUUCUGCCCGGCGACGGCGACGCUGCACCUGCCGGUGAUCGGCGUCGACGUCAACAGCGAGGUCCUCCUGCGGAACCUGGUGGCGUACGAGGCGUCGGUGGCCGCCGGGCCGCUGGCCCUGGCGCGGUACGUGGAGCUGAUGAACGGCAUCAUCGACACCGAGGAGGACGCCAGGUUGCUGAGGGAGUGCGGCGUCAUCCUGAACCACCUUAAGAGCGACCGGGAGGUGGCCGAGCUCUGGAACGGCAUGACGAGGUCGGUGAGGCUGACGAGGGUGCCGGCGCUGGACAGGGUGAUCGACGAACUCAACAGGCACCACGGCGGGUGCUGGAAGGUGAGGGUCCGGGCGUUCGUGAGGGCGCGCGUCCUGGGCUCGAGGGAGCUGCUCGCCUGCGUCGCGUUGGUUGUGCUGGUGCUCUUCGUCGGCCUCCAAGCGUUCUGCGUCGUUCGUGGCUGCGUCCCUGUCUCGUACGGGAUGCCCAGCAGAAAAAUUGGUGCCUGA